AGACGUUGAAUACUCACCUUCACCUCCCAACAUCAAGUAUAUAGUCUCCAAGCUUUGUCUCAUUGUGAAGCUAUUGUACAUUGCGUAUGACUAAGGCUAUUGUAUUAUGACUAUACAACGCCCUCACGAUCCUUACCAUUGCGACUACUAAAGACUUUCGUUAUUCUUCCUACACAACUCGCCACAAACACGAGCACGACAGCCAUACCAACUACGCAACUAUACGAAACAUUCAUUUUACUCUUCCAAGAACUACUUGCGUCAAGUCUUUGACAAGACAUCUCUCCAUUUCAGACAUCCGAAACACCAUUUCGACUUACAGGUAUAUUCCUCAGCUGGUCUAGGAAACACCAUGUCCUUCAAGUCGACGCUUCUCACCGCGGCAGCCAUGCUAGUCAUGGCGCCGCUCUCUGCAAACGCGCACAUGAUUCUCAAAAGCCCCGUGCCAUACGGCAAUCCCAACAAUUCGCCUCUCGACGCUAGCGGUUCCGACUUUCCCUGCAAAGCCGUACCAUACACGGUCAACACUAUGAAUGACUGGAAAGUCGGUUCAUCCCAGACUCUUGCAUUCACUGGUACGGCCGUCCAUGGUGGAGGGUCAUGCCAAAUAAGCGUCACCACCGACAAAGAGCCUACAAAAGACUCCAAGUGGAAAGUCAUCUACUCCAUUGAGGGUGGAUGCCCUGUCUCUGCAGAAGCCAACCUGGAUGAAAAGGGUCCCAGCCUCGAUAAUACCUUCCAGUUCACUAUCCCUCCGGAGCUUCCCAACGGCGUCAUGACAACAGCAUGGACAUGGUUCAACAAGAUUGGAAACCGCGAGAUGUACAUGAACUGUGCGCCGAUCACAGUCUCUGGCGGUGCCGACGAUACAACCGCAUUUGAUGCUCUCCCCGACAUGGCAGUCGCAAACAUUCCAGUCCCACAAUCUUGCGGUACGACAAAAGAGAGCAGUGAUUUCACGUUCCAAAACCCAGGAAAGUACGUGAAAUCUGUCGGGAAAGGCCCUUUCGUGGAUCUUUGCACUGGUGCGACUUCACAACCCAACACUGGCGGUGGUGGUAGCGGCAAUGUCGACCCUGGCGCUCCAGCCGCCAGCUCUCCCCCCGCUCCAGGAGCCUAUCAACCUGUUGCUACGCCUCCAUCUGCCGCCAGCCCAGCUCCAGCUAACCCCCCUGCCGCUUCACCAGCUGCUCCAUCUGGCAGCAUAUCCGCCGGCUCACCCAAUCCUAAACCUGUUGAAUCUACCCUCCGCACACUCGUGACCGUCACAGCGUCAAUGCCACCUGUACCGACCAAGACUGACGGCGUCUUCCCACCUGGCCCAGAAGCCGGUACCGGUACCGGUACGGCUCCCGCUGUGGCUCCAGCGCCGCAACCAACCGGCCAGUCUCCAGCAUCGCCCGUUGCGCCCCUGGUGCCGACACCGUCCGGUGCACCCGCCUCACCCGCACCCGCAAAUCCAGGUUCGGGCAAAGAGGCCUGCUCCUCAGAUGACGCUGUCAUUUGCUCGUCUGACGGUACGAAGUUCGGUCUCUGCGACCACGGGAAGGUUAUUAUGAUCCCUGUGGCUGAAGGCACAAAGUGUGAAAGCGGAGCCAUAGCUAAGCGUGGCGAUUACUCUCAUCGUAAUCAGCGCACCGCUAUCUAGUAUGAGCCUGGGUCUCCUUUGGAUGGUUCGAUUGUAUAUACCCGUGUCAGCUGGUUCUGUUUCGAGUUUGUCCUUUUAGCUUUCUUUACGGGACGAUUGUAAUCCUUAGCUUCGAUCGUUUCCUAACCUCAAUUGUUAGCUUCACUGUCGUAUAACAGGGAAGCAUCCUUUCGCUAUUCGCUUAAGCGAUUGAAGAGAGAUUUCGCAUGUAGAUUUGUA